AAAAAAUAAUCAAGAAACACAGAGAGCAAAACACAUGAGAGGAAUCAUCAUCGUAAGCUUGUUAAUUUUACAGAGCCUUGUCGUGUCUUCGUCUCAAACAGAACCAGACUUCAAUUUCUUCUACUGGGUCAACUACUGGCCAGGAGCAAUAUGCGAUAGCCAAAAAGGAUGUUGCCCUCCAACGAAAGGCAACACAGCGUCGGAUUUUAUCAUCCAUGGACUCUGGCCUCAGUUCAACAAUGGCACUUGGCCUGCGUUUUGCGACCAAACCAAUCUCUUCGAUAUCUCCAAGAUAUCAGAUCUAGUCUGCCAAAUGGAAAAGAAAUGGACAGAGUGGGGAGUGUGGGCAUGUCCAAGUAACGAGACAAAUCUAUGGGAACACGAGUGGAAUAAGCAUGGCACCUGUGUCCAAUCUAUCUUCGACCAACACUCUUACUUCCGUACCAAUCUCAAAUUCAAACACAAAGUCCAUCUCCUCAACAUCCUUAUACAAAAAGGUAUUAAACCAAAUGAUGGGUUUUACAGUUUGGACGAGAUCAAAAAUGCGAUCAAAUGCGCGAUCGGAUUUGCACCGGGUAUCGAAUGCAAUGAAGAUGUAAAGGGGAAUAAGCAGCUUUUCCAGAUCUAUAUAUGUCUUGAUAAUUACGCAAAAGAGUUUGUGGAAUGCCCGUAUGUUCCGGAUAAAUCAUGUGCUUCCAAGAUCAAGUUUCCAAGUCUUCCUGAGAGAGAUUCUCUUAAUGAGUCUCUAAGUGUGAUGUCCUCUGUUUCAACUACCUAAAAAAAAGAGUUUUUUUGUGUUUCAAUAAGAGAAUGCAGGUGAAGCUUCUAUAAGUUUGACGAAUGUGAUGAGUCUUUGAGUUCUAUAACUAAAAUGAAUGUGAUGAGUCUUUGAGGCUUUGAGC